GAACAUAUUUCAAUUAAAGAAGAAAUACUAGAAGAAACUGUUACAACCGAACGUAACGCAGAAAAUGAUACAUUAGAACAUAAACCAAUUAAAGAAGAAAUAUUGGAGGAAACGGUUAUGAUCGAGCAUAAUAACCUCGAAGAACAAUUAAAUACAGAAUUUUUAAUUAAGGAUGAAAUCUCAGAUGAAAAUAUUUUAGAAGAUCAAUCAAUUCAUCAUAAUGAAGACAAACGUUUUUCAUGUAACGAAUGUAAUAAAACAUUUACUUGGAAACAUAAUUUAACUAAACAUCGACAAAUUCAUUCGGAAGAAAAACCAUUUGUUUGUGAUCUUUGUGAGAAAAGUUUUACUAGACAAGAUAGUUUAAUUAGUCAUCAACGGAUACACACCGGAGAAAGACCAUUUUCAUGUGACGUUUGUGAUGGGAAAUUUACUUUGAAAAAGAGUUUAAUUCAACAUAAACUAAUUCACACGAUAGAAAAACCAUUUUCAUGUGACAUUUGUGAUCGAACAUUUACUCAACAAAGUAAUUUAGUGCGACAUCAAAGAACUCACACGGGUGAAAAACCGUUUCAAUGUGAACUCUGUGAUAAGAAAUUUUCUCAACAAAGUAAUUUAAUUAAACAUAAACGAUGUCAUACCGGAGAAUUUAAUUCAGCAUAA